CGCACAAGCACAUUACGCACAGCGCGUAGGGCACCAAGUGCCUGGGGGGGGCACCAAAAAAUCAGGCUUGUGAAAAAUCACCAUGAUUGUCUAGGUACUAGUAACUAUAAAUAAAUAUUAAAUGAAGCAUGUUAACAUGUAUAAAGCAGUACAAAAGCAACAUCUAUGACAAUUUGCUGGAGAAAACGGUGCAUCUUGCUGCCCUCUCCCCUGUCUCCUCUUGGUGCCCCCCCUCCCCCACGUCCCAGUGGUCUGUUCGAUUAUGCCUCAACCUCAGUUAAGUGUGACAGCUGUUUUAACAUGGCCUCGAAAAGGCAUCAGGAGUCGGGAGCGGAGAAAAGAAAGAAGAAGCGAAAGCGAGAUGAUGCUAAUGCGGCGCUUGCAGGGUCAAUGCUUAAAUUUGUCCAAGGAGGAGCUCAAGGCCAGGAGGAAGAUCUAGAGCAGCCAUCAACCAGCAGAUCGAGCCCACAUCAACUGUCAACCAGCUGGUCUGCAGAUUUUGCAACAGCUCCCAGCCCUGACCAACAACCAUCAACUACCAGUUCAGUGUAUAUCCUAACUGGGGAGGUAUAUCCUUCCCGUGAGAUCCAGAGGGCAUUGUUGCUGAGGAUCUCACUCUAUCUAACGAAGUCCUUGAGACGCACAGCUGCAGACCAGCCUCCUCCAACCUGCUCAGUACCUCGGCUAAGUUCUUCAGGUGGUCUGCUUCAUCCUCCCUGCAAGAUGUCAUCCAGAUACACAACCACCAUAGAGGUGCACCGGAGCGCUGGGCGGAGUUCACAAACACACACCUGCAGCAGGUUGAUAAUCCGCGGCACCUCACGCUACCUGCUGCCAGAUGAUUUCGUUUACCUCGCUCAUGACCUCCUGUAUAAAGACCUGUCCGUGACUCCACUCCAGUGUGCUGGCACAUCUGCAGUUCACCACCUGCCUUGCGCUCCUCUGAGCAACUACACAAUAAGACUGUUAUGUGAAAGCCACUACUUUCAAUGGUUAAUAAAUACGACAGAAAUUUCACUUGCAUGCAGUCUUGUGAUUUUAGUAUAACCCUGUUUAAAUUUCCUGUUUUAAGAUGUAUGCUCUGAUAUUUAGGAUAUGUUUUAAAUAUUGGCCUAUGCCUAUUUCAAGAUGAGCCAACAGCAUAAUCAUACUCCACAAGUGUUAAGAAAUUUCCACUUAAAUGAAUGACUUAUUUUCUUGUACUUUGCCUUUAUUUUGUGUCAGUGUGCUAAAAUUAAGAAUGAAAACAAAAUACAUUUUUACUAAUAUUCAGUAUAUGUGACUUAUAAUUGUGCUGUAGGAAGACUGAUUUCAAGUAGUUUGAUCUAAAAAACAGCAUUAUUUUUAACUUAUUUCAAACCUUUGAACACGUAUCAGAGCCUACUUAUUUCUAGACUAAAACCAACUUAUUUUAAGACUUCUUGGCAAGUAAAAAUAUCUUGCUGUAUGGACAGAUAAUUUCCCUUGUAAGUCAUUUUCUCCUCAAAUUUAGUGUUUAUUUCUUGUAUUUAGGUCAACCUUUUUUGCAGUGUGCUGCUGCGCUGCCACUUUUAUAGAAUGAAUGUCUACAUCAAAUAAAAUGUUAAGAACUGUA